GUAUGUUGGCAACCACAAAGACAGGAACCUAAAAUUAUUUUAGGCGCUUCAAAAACUCUUGUUGGUAUAUUAAUUACGUUCUUUCGAGCUUGUGAGAAUAGCGAGAAGUCUGUUGAUCCUCAACGACGUCGCCGAUCAGCUGGUAAUGUCUAGGACUGUGGACUAGGAUGCAGUCAGAUGCAGGUGCUUGGUUUCCAGGUAUGUCACAGUUUGGAGCGGCAGGCAAAAAUCCGCCAUGGAUGAGGCAGACAGAGCUGCCUCUGUCAGGAGGAGCCAUGCUGGCCAUGGCCCAGUCUCAACAUCAAACCCAAGGGGGAGCAGGCCUUGCCUCUGCCCUCAAUCAGCAGCAGGCCACUGCACAGCAAAGCCAGCAGUUUGGGGCUAACCUAGCAGCUUUAGGUCUUACACAGAAUGCUUUGCAAGCAACAACAGUGUUGUCCCAGCCUGGGAUAGCGUUACCUGCUUCUUUGGCUACAACUGCGCCAGUUGGGACGGCCAGCAUGGGGUUGCCUGGUGGCCUGACAGCAUCGCCUGCAGCCAACAUGAGUUACACUACACAGCAACGUCUGCUAGGUGCAACACCUACUGGUGUGCCUGCCCCUAUUGGCACACCAUCUCAGAAACAGAGGGUCUUCACGGGCACAGUUACAAAGUUGCACGACAAUUUUGGCUUUGUGGAUGAGGACGUAUUCUUUCAAACUUGCGUGAUAAAAGGCAGCAUACCAAAAGUUGGGGAACGCGUCCUCGUAGAGGCAUCGUACAAUCCCAACAUGCCAUUCAAGUGGAACGCGUACAGAAUUCAACUUUUGGCCAACCAGAUGAACUCACAAAUACCGUCUCGGCUGGGUGGCCAGUCAUCAGUGUCGAGCCACGUCGGUGCAAACGCCAUGGCGGCGCAGACCCAGUACAUCAAUUCCAUCACGUCAGGCAGCGGCAACAGUGGAAGGAGGAGGAUGUCUUCGCCUCCCAUGAGACGAGACAGAGACAUGAGACACGACGACAGGCGAGACCGCUACAGAGACAGGGGGGGCAGAGACGGCAAUCGCGAUGGACUGAGAGACGGCGGUCGUGAUGGGCUCCGAGACAAUUCCCGGGACGGACUUCGCGAUGCGUUGCGGGACGGAGGUCGGGACUUUGACAGGGACAGGAGGCUGUACGACCGCGUACCAGAGCGGAACAGGUCUCCCAUACGUCGCUCUCCCUUGAGAGAUCGUCGUUCCCCUGUUCCCCGCGAGAGGGACCGCGAGAGAGAACGUGAGAGAGAGAGGGACCGUGACGCGGCGCGUCCUCAGCAGCAGUCGCCCGACAGAGAUUACCGUUACUCUCAGGAGCACGACGCAGCUCCGGCGUCUCGUAAGCACGCCUUGUCCCCUGUCAGACGUGCUCCCAGUCCACCCCGUCGCAAGCAGCGUGUGCUCCCGCGCUACGUCGUUGAGAUACCCUGCGCAUCACUGGACCAGAAAGAAGUGGGGGUGGCAGACCUCAGGAAACGAUAUCCGAACAUGUACGUUCCGUCGGACUUCUUCCAUGCCAACAUCUUGUGGCAGGAAGCGUUUCCCCUGCAGCGCCCCCUUGUGCUAGAUCACGCCUGCCGCUUUCAUGUGCUGCCCAAGGAUUCGGUGGGAUAUUUAGGAGACAAUCCUGCAGUUCUCGAUCCCCCUGAUCUGGACUUUUCGUAUAGUGCCAAGGUAAUGCUCCUCUCGGCGCCAUCAUUGGAAGAGCUGUACCAUCGCACGUGCGCCCUGGCAGAAGACGGGGAAGAAACCAAAUUGGGCGCGAUCCAUCCCGCCCGGGUGCUCUCUUUUCUGGUAGGGUUGAAGGGCAAGAGCGAGACUGUGGCCAUAGGAGGACCCUGGUCUCCCACCCUGGACGGUUCCGACCCCGUGCAGGACCCGCAGGUGCUCAUUCGCACAGCAAUCCGCACGUGCAGGGCUCUCACGGGGAUCGACCUGUCUGUCUGUACCCAGUGGUAUCGUAUCGCUGAAAUCUGCUACCGAAGGGAGUCUGCGUCGAGCGUCACAAACGGCGGCAAGCCUGCGUCAGCCACCCUGGAAAGAGUGGUGAUCUUCUUCCCCGACGUGUGGCGCUGCAUGCCCACUUCACAGGAGUGGGCCGACCUGGGCCACCGGGCGAACAGCGACAACGAGGACCUCUCUCAGGAGGAAGAGUCAGCGCCCGUGGCCACAGAUGAGCAGGGAACGGGAGAGCCGAGUCAUUAUUCUGGCCUGGAUCCAAAGUCAAUGAAGGUUCUUGAACUGCGUAACGAGUUGGAAGCACGAGGUCUUUCUACGAAAGGGUUAAAGUCCCAGUUAACUGCUCGCCUGUCCAAAGCUUUGAAAGCUGAAGCUGAACAGGUGGAAGGAGUCAAACAGGAAACAGAGCCUGGUGCAGGAGACUGCCCUGCGGGUGAGAAAAAGGAGGACGUAGAACUCCAAGGAGACGACGCCAAAGAAUUAUCUGAUGAGAAGUUGACUCAAGAAGACAAGGGCGAAGGAAUGGCGCUGCCCCUGCAGGAUCUUCCUGUCUCUCCCGCAAUCCUAGCUCAGCCUUCAAAAACGGCCAAGGGGGGACGUUUCGAUUGCACUGUGAUGUCGCUGUCCUUACUCCUGGACUAUAGACAGGAAGACAACAAAGAGCACUCCUUCGAGGUUUCCUUCUUUGCAGAGCUUUUCAACGAAAUGCUCAUUAGGGAUUUUGGCUUCAACAUCUUUCGUGCACUCCUUGUUGCUCCUGAGCCAAAAGAGGAAAAGAAACGUGACAAGAAAGAGGCCAAGGAAGCAAAGGAUGCGGUGGACAGGAAGUCCGACCGUAAAGACGAUCGUAAGGAGGACCGCAAGGACGACCGUAAAGACGACCGCAAGGAGGACAGGAAAGACGAUCGCAAGGAAGAUCGUAAAACGGAAAAGAAACCCGAAAAGCGUGAAAAGAAGGAGGAAGAUAAAAAAAAUGAAGAAGAGCAAGAUGAAAGUGAUGCGCUCUCAGAUGUCUCCUUUGCGGAUGGCGAUUCGGAGGAGAGUAAGGAUAAACGGCACAAGAAGGAUGCCAAGCGCCUCUAUCGAACAGCAGACAAGCACCUGUUGCUCUCCUUCAUAUACUUCGACCAGAACCAGUGUGGCUACUUGUUUGACAGAGACUUAGAAGAAAUUUUUUACAUAAUGGGCCUCAAAUUAUCAAGGGGCCAAGUACGGAGACAACUCCUGAAGGUUUCGCAGAGAGAUGUUGUACGCUACCGCAAGCUCACAGAUUUCCCCGCAUCAGCGGACGAUGCCAAAACCGGCGACCAAGAAACGGUAGAAGAUGCAGCGGGGCUCGACGUGGAUGAAGUCGCCAAGGGAAACUGGGGAUUGCUUCACAAGCAAGAGGCAGAGGAUAAACAGGACACAAACAAGGCCCCUGUAGCUGUAGGCGGGAUGGUGUAUCACGAAGGAUCCCUGCUGGACAUUCCCAAGCUUCUGAAGCAGGUUGACCGCAGUGAGAAAUCUCGAACUGUGACGGAGGUUAGGCUCAAGGACGUCCUCGAGGAACUCGCCGAAGUAAAGGAAUCGUGGGAUGCAUCACAGAAGGCUGUCAUCAAGACUCAAGGAGAACUGGACACCUGCAGGCAACAGCUGUUGAGCACAGAACACGACCUGCAGGGGUCACACAAGCAGUCGCAGGAGCUGCGACUGGCCUUGCAGAACUGCCACCAACAUCUACAGGCAACUCUCAGCAGCCUGGACACCGUCCUCAACCGGAAAGAUGGGACCACCAAGCUCUCCAUCAAGCCAGAGAAGAUGGAAUAAGAGAGAUUUCUUUCAUCAGGGUCUGCGGGUUGGAAAUUCUCAUUCAGCGUUGUACAUAGCACAUUUCCUUCUGAACUCUUUCGAAUGUGUGAAAAUCGUAGUGGGUUGUUAGAAGUACGUAGAGAAUAAAUCUUGGGCCUAUUUUUUCACUGAACCUGA